UUAAUCCUCUCGCUUUGCCCCUUCCUCUCUGGCAUGGCGUAGUUUGGGAGAUGCCUAGRCAGAUGAAAGAGACUGGGUGCCACCUAUUACCACUGCCAGGUUUUGGGUCCGGGAUGGAGGCCAUGUGGAAAGCAAUGAAAUGCCAGAAAAGGGGCAUUAGACUAGAGAGAUAGUAGGCUAUGCUAUGGCAMAUUUGAUUAAACAUUCAAGUCGUGUCUGUGUUACUGAAAUGUAGGUAUUCUUAUCUGUCAAAUUGAACGUAGUAGGCUACUCCCGCAUAAAUCUUGGAUUCCAGGAAAUUAGCAUAUAGUUACCAUGGUGAUGGUAGCUCGCUGAUCCAAGGAGUUCCACAAAAAUACUGCUAGCUACUUGAGGAAGUUUUCUGAUUACUUCUAGCAAGCUAGCUAGCUUUUUAAUUUGCUAGUAGAUCUACUGUGUCUCACUUUUGAGAGUAAAACGACUAGGUAUUUUCUCCAGCAUUUUUUAUUGCCAAGUUAAAGAACAUCUCCAGGAGUCCGCCCAUCGCGAAAAGAAGACAGCCAGAUUGUAGGUGCUCAGGUUAGGUCUCAGUUUUGGUCACGUAGCCCAAACAUCUGCUUCGACAUAAGGAAAUAUGACUAUGUUUGCUGCUGGUUACUGGAUACCUGAGACAGAAAAGUUCUGAAGACGUCUCCCCCUCUGAAGGUAAAGACCGCAACCACUAUACCGGCCUGAGUGGAGGGACAGGAGUUGGGUCGUGUUCUUGAGGUGAGCCUUGUUAGAACCAGGCAACCAUAACAAGAUGGUGAAAAAAAACACAGGACACUCACGACAGUCGUCUAUAUCCAAGACAGCUGGUGGCUCUCAGAUAUCCAGCCUCAAAGACCUGAGCCUGCUGGAUGGAUCUGGCCUUGGGCAGGAGGAGACCCCAGAGCUGCCUCCAGAACCCCCCACACCUGACGAGGGCCACUUGGGCUUCCCAGACCCUGUCUACCUGCUGGCAGCAGUCAUCUUUCAGAACACUCACCUGGAGAAGCCUGCUGCCCACCGAUUAGUCAGUUAUGGCAAGCGGGCGGGGCUGCCCCUGCCUGAGGCCAAGGAUGAGGCGUACCAACGCAGCUCGUAUGAGCUGGCCUUCAACACACUCAAAUACCAAGAGCUCCUGGAGGACAUCAUGAUUGACAGCUGCUUUUACCUCUCUCAGCCAAUGCCUGAUGACCAGAUGAGUCUGGUGGUGGUGAUGCUCUACGACUUCCAGGACAGGAAGUUCCUCCCUCGGGAAUGCCAGGGGGAGGAGCUCGAUACAGGAAGUCAGGGAGGUGGAGAACUGCCUCCUCAGGUUUAAGACCAAGCUGGCAGCCUCCCUGGCUCGCAGUAGGAUCAAACAUGACCUCCUGACCAUCGACUGCAUCCUCCCCGAGGCUGUGAGGAAGAAACAGGAGAGAGCCAACAGGUUGCUCCUCUACGCAUGGGUCAACACAUUCAAGAGCAGCUUUGAAGAGGUGUGCGGCGUCCUGAAGCGAGGGGAUUCUCUCAGGUGAAUUCAGUCGGGCAGUUGGAAGGGCAGUCCUUCUGUCAGGACCUCCACUGUGCGGACGUGUUGGUGUUCCCCCCCCAGCUCAAAGCUGACCUGUACCCACCAAGCUGCUCAGCGACAACAAGCUCGUCAUACAGGAUAAGUGGUGUAGCGUCGGUCCCUGUGUGGUGCGCUCUCUGUUGCCCCCAGAUGGGGACGUCCUGAUGGCUGGCUCCUCCUCCGGCCUUACCAUGUCACACACCGCCUCCCUGGUCACCCACGGCAACGCCCAUGGCAACAGCCAAUCGAAAGUGUUCGUCUGUGUUGGCGACCGCCCACCCGCCCAGAGGGAGGAGCUACAGGAGGUCCUUGCCAAUAUGGCCUGCAAGAACGUGAAGCUGAUCCCUAUGAGUUUCCUGUCUCUGGACCCAUGUGACCUGAGACUCCAGCGGGUCCGGGUCAUCCUGCUGACCCCCCAGUGCUCCGUGUCUGCAGUCAGCAACCCUGUUGAGUUCAUACUGCAGGAGAACGGAGGUACUGCUUCACAUACCCCAACACACUACACCCCAUAUACCCUCCAUAUUACACCCAUAUACCCUCCAUAUUACACCCAUAUACCCUCCAUAUUACACCCAUAUACCCUCUAUAUUACGA